AUGGACCAACCACCAAAAAUUCAAGCAGACGUAGACAAUCUUGUAGACAUAAUGAAGACAACAUUCAACAGAGCUGCUAUCAGUGCAAUUGAAGAAGCAACAAGAAUGCAGUACAAGAGCAGCUUGUGGUAUGAGAUGAGGUAUGGCCGUAUCAAAGCUUCAAAGGCACAUGAAGUGAGCGUAUGUCAUACACCGGAUGGUUCAUUGGUUGCUACUAUAAUGGGCGCAAAAAUACCAGAUACUAUUGCAAUGAAAAGAGGUAGAAGUUUGGAGCUAUCUGUCCGGAAGACAGUUAGUACAACAUUGAACAAAAAAAUCAGAACAUGUGGCUUUAUGUAUGCCAAGACAAUCCCAUGCUUGCAGCAUCUCCUGAUGGUUUAUUGA